AUGAGCAAGGUAAGAACAGAAUUAGAAUGUGGAAUAAUAAUAGCCUUUCUUUUGGGAUUUUUGGCUCAUUCAAUUUGUAGCCAUAAAGUUUAUAUUGUGGGUGAUGAUCAAGGUUGGAACCCAAAUGUUGAUUACAAGGCAUGGGCUUGUGGAAAGACAUUCUACCAGGGUGAUAUUCUUGAAUUUAAGUACACUGAAGGCUUUCAAGUGCAGGAGGUAACAGCCAAGGACUUCGAAGCUUGUAACCGCAACAACCCCAUAUUUGAAGAUCAUUUAGGGACAACUGCCAUCCCUCUCAAUACUUCUGGACCUCAUUUCUUUAUUUGUGGUUCAUUUGAUUAUUGUAACAUUGGCAUGAAAUUGAAUAUUACUGUCAACUGUAAGCACUAAUAGUCUAAUACUGGUCGUCUAGUCAAUAAGAGACGU